GAGAGAAAGAGAAGGAGGAGGAGGGGGGGGCAAGUGAGGGCUGAAGAGACUGAGAAUGGAUGGGCAACGGGAAACCGUGCGAGCGAGAGAGAAAGAGUGAGCGUGUCUGUGUGUGCGCUCAGAGUCAGCAGCGAAGACACAGAAAGUCUACAAGCUCACAUCAACAAGAGAGCGUGCGAGGCAGAGCUGACCACGGCAACUCUGAAGAGUGACACAGACGGGGGGAAAAGAGACGCGCAGAGAGACAGAGAAGAGGAAGAAUCAGCAGAAGAGGAGAGGUACUGAAGACAGACUACCAGCCUUCCACUGGUAAAAGGAGACACCACUGAGGGACUGUAGCAUCCGUCCCCCCCCUCCAGCAGCACAGAGGAGCACUGUCUCAUCUCGUGCAUGUGUUUGUGCCUGCCAACUUCAAUUUCACACUCGCCCACUGUUUUCCGUAGGUUUUGCCCUCUCCACUCCACAGCCAUGAUCCCUUGGGUCCUCCUGCUCCUGUGGAUCUCCGGACAUGGGGCUGCCAUGUUUUCCCAGCAGCCACAAGACCUGGUGGUGGUGGCAGGCCAGCCUGUGACGUUACCAUGCACUAUCCCCGGUUACCAUGGCGUUGUCCUGUGGAUCAAAGAUGGCCUGGCGCUGGGAGUUGGCAGGGACCUCUCUGGCUAUCCUCGCUACACAGUGAUUGGAGACCACGGAUCGGGAGAGCAUCAUUUGCGAAUCCAGCGUGUCGAGCUGAUGGAUGACGCCGUGUUUGAGUGCCAGGCUGUCCAGGCUGCCAUGAGGUCCCGUCCUGCCCGUCUCACUGUGCUGGUUCCCCCAGAGGACCCAGUCAUCAGUGGAGGGCCGGUGGUGAGCCUAAGGGCAGGUGACCCACUCAAUCUGACCUGCCAUGCUGACAAUGCCAAGCCGGCAGCCUCAAUCAUCUGGAUCCGCAAUGGAGAGGUCCUUAAUGGGGCCAUGUACUCCAAGGUAAGCAUGGAGACCUUGCUCCGGGAUGGCAGGAGAGAGAGCACCGUGAGCACGCUCUACCUAUCGCCUUCCAACAUCGAGACGGGUCAGCAGAUCAUCUGCAAGGCCUCCAACAAGGCCAUCCCCAAUGGCAAGGAGACCAGUGUCACAAUCGACAUCCAACAUCUCCCACUUGUCAAUCUCUCAGUGGAGCCUCAGCCCGUUCUGGAAGGAAACCUUGUGAAGUUCCACUGCUCUGCAAAGGCCAACCCGCCUGUCACACUCUACAGGUGGGCCAAAGGAGGGAGCAUAAUCAAGGAGGUCUCUGGAGACACGUAUGAGGUUAUCGUGGACCACUCCUUCUUUACCGAACCCGUUUCCUGCGAGGUUACCAACCCUCUUGGCAGCACCAACAUCAGCCGCAACGUUGACGUCUAUUUUGGGCCUCGCAUGGCUGCGGAGCCUCAGUCCUUGCAGGUGGACCUUGGAUCUGACGCCGUGUUCAACUGUGCCUGGACAGGAAAUCCCUCUCUUACCAUAGUGUGGAUGAAGAGGGGAUCUGGAGUGGUUCUUAGCAAUGAGAACCUCCUGACACUGAAAUCCGUGAGACAAGAAGAUGCUGGGAAAUAUGUUUGCCGCGCAGUGGUCCCGCGUGUAGGAGCGGGGGAGAAGGAGGUUUCUCUCACUGUCAAUGGGCCGCCGACCAUCUCCAGUACACAGACUCAACAAGCUUUACACGGAGAAAAAGGACAAAUCAAAUGUUUCAUUCGGAGUACACCUCCUCCAGACCGCAUUGCUUGGUCAUGGAAGGAAACCGUGUUGGAGUCUGGGACAUCUGGCCGCUACACCGUGGAGACCGUCACCACAGAGGAGGGAGUAAUCUCCACACUGACGAUGAGUAAUAUCGUCCCGGCUGACUUCCAGACCAUCUACAACUGCACCGCAUGGAACAGCUUUGGCUCGGACACCGAGAUCAUACGCCUUAAGGAACAAGGUGGGAGCCAAGAAUCUCUCCCAGUGGCGGUGAUCAUCGGCAUUGCUGUGGGAGCUUUUGUGGCCCUCAUUGUCCUCAUGGGCACCAUCGGAGCAUUCUGUUGCACCCGCUCCCAGAGAAAGGAAGCGCACCUGGUUAUGCCCUCACUGCCCGUCUCCAUCUGUGCUCACCAGAGAGAACUUGCAAGCAAAAUUAAGACAGAAAAUCUGAAAGGAGUGGUGUCGGCGAAAAAUGACAUCCGGGUGGAGAUUGUGCACAAAGACCACAAUGCGGCGCGAGAAAACGAAGAACACACCUCCAUGAAACAACUGAUGGUGAGUGUUGAACGAGGAGAGUUCCAGCAGGAGUCUGUUCUGAAGCAGCUGGAGGUAUUACAAGAGGAAGAGAAGGAGUAUCAGCACAUUAAGGAUCCUACAAAUGGCUACUACAGUGUCAAUACCUUUAAGGAGCAUCACACGCCCACCAUGGCUGGGAAUCAGUCCACCGAGGUGAGGAACCCCACCAACACAGGUACCCUGGGCAAACAGCGGGUACCAACGGGCAUGUCCUUCACCAACAUCUACUCCACUCUGGGAGCAGGUCCCAACCGUCUCUAUGACUACAGCCAACGCUUCGUGCUGGGCAUGGGCAGCAGCUCUAUUGAGCUGUGUGAGCGGGAGUUCCAGCGCGGCUCGCUCAGCGACUCCAGCUCUUUUAUUGACACGCAGUGUGACAGCAGCGUCAGCAGCUACAGUAAGCCGGACGGCUACGUGCAGUUCGAUAAAGACAGCAAGGCGUCAGCCUCCUCCUCCUCCCACUAUUCCCAGUCCUCCUCGCAGAACUCAGACCUCACCCGGCCGCUCCAGAAGCGCAUGCAGACCCACGUCUGACCACCAGGGGAGGGAGAGCGUUUGAACGGGGUGUAACAAGCAGCCAGGAUUGUAAAACUGUGACAGAAUCAGCUCCCAGGAGCCCCUUAAGUAACGUUGUUACUGUUUCCUCUGGACACCGGGAGAUGCAGGGGCUGGUUGGCUUUAAUACACCAUGUGACUUGUUCAGACUUCUCAGUGUCCCAAAAAGUGGAUCAAGAAGCCUUAUAUUUCCCUCAUGCUUAACUCAUCAACCACCUCCUUUUUUAGCCCAUUAUCAGAACUGUGCCACAGAGAGGUUAUUUGCCAACACAGAGACAACACAACUUUGGAAUAUGAAUAUUCAACACUUAGUUUCGGCAGUGGAAUUGGGCAGGAAUACUACAAAGGCUUUGUGUGACAAUCAGAAACCCCGGCAAAGACCAUUUUUUGCCUUUUGAAGAUUGUCAUUCAGAAAAACUGAGACUGUUGUUACAAGUGUUGAAACACUCAGCACGAACGUCACAGUAAUGAGUGCGAGCCCAUGUCCUGCUGCUCCCUUGUAGUUUGAAGCACAAAAAUGAAUGUGCAUGUGGUUUUUAGUUGUUAAAGCAAUAACUCUUUCCUCUCCCCACCUUCCGUUUCAAACACUGUAUGUUAAGCUCGGCUUGUUGAAACUUGUCCCCUGUGUGGGUGGAAGAAAACUUUCUCCAUGUGCCCACAGACGUCUCGAACGUUUAAAAGAGCGACUGUUUUUCUCUCCGCAGCAGUAUCUGGGCCACAGAGCUGGGCAGAUAAAGAGGGGCUGAGAUCUCAUUUUAAAUCCCUGAGUCAUUAUUUUACUGUGACACAAAAAGAAUAUCAGUGUACAUACGUGACUGUAAUUUCUUUUUCUAGCAUCUAAUUUCCCUCACGGAGGACUCUAAAUGAGACAUGAGCGCCUCUUCUUGUCCAUAUCUACUUUGCCUUGAGGGUCUGUUUGAUCUGUGUCAAUACAAACUUUGACUAAGCGAGAUAGACAUACACUAUCAGCUCUUCUGUUGAUGGGGAGCUGCAUCCUCCACGGUGUUACCACACCAAAUCCAGCUCCGAGGCAUGUGGCAGGAAAGCCCACAAACUGCAACAUGUGUUGUACUUGUGAGUUUCUCCUGCGAACGCCGCAGAUCAUCAGCCAUAUACUUGAGGGUACCUGUUGAAUGAAAUGUAAACAUUAUAUUUUAGCUGAGCUUCUUAUUGUGUGGUUAUCCCAUUGCUAUUGUCAAUAUCAUUGUUGACACUGGAGCUUAGUGCACCCUGACUGUAUACCUACCUGUGAUCGUGCCGGUCAUCAAGGGACAUGAAGAGCAAAUUUUGAAAAUGUGUUUUAUUUUGCUCUUUGCUGUUCAUGUGUUUGGCUACUGUGGAGCUGAUGGUGUCACACUGACUCUUUUCAAGUGCAUCCUUUUUUUUAUUUUGUUCUGUUCUGCACUGUAUGUGACAUAUAUGAAAUUGGAUUUAUUGUUUAAUCACUGACACUGUAUUUGUUUUAGUUGAGAGUAGAGACAGUAGUGAUUUAACUCGCAGCUACACAAUUGCUCAUACUUUACUGAAGAUUUCAGAGUGAGCCUGUCGUCAAGAGUGUUGUAGUCAUUCAUUGUGCAAAGUGAUGACUGGAGAGUGUUGCUUUUUUUGCAGUACUAAACACUGGGAAUCUUAAUGCAGAUUUGUGCGUGGUGCAGAUACUGUAAAGCAAAUGAGCAAAAAUCUUUUAUCUUAAUUCUAUCCUGGAUCCGACCACACACCUCACUGUGUCAAGUAAGAUUUGGACCUCUAAAUAAGAUGUUAAGGUUGUGAACAAAACCCAUUGUUGUCUACUUAAGUUGUAUUAAAGCAGGCCCUUUGAUAAGGACAACCAUUGGCAGUAAACACAGAUCAUUUCUGUAACAGCCACAGUUACAUCAUACAUUACAUCACAUUUGAUUUCAGCCAUCAAAAGCCUCAUAUGUCUUUUAAGGUUCUGUCGCAGACAUACCUUUAUAGAAUCAGCUUGUUUGUUAUUUGAUCAGUUCUUUGAAGGGUAAAGAGGAGUUUCUGGGAAAUAACAGCAGAUUGCUGUAAAACAAGUCUGAAAACAGUGUCUCUCAAUGUCAAUGUCACUUCUGUUUUGUCAAAUCAAACUAAAACGUAACAGAAAGUCUACUAGGUUACAAUGUAUCUUAUCUAAUUAGGUAGGGUUUUUUUAGUAUCUUCCGCAGCGGAGCAGUCAAUCGGGAUGAAGUGAGGCUGAAGCAACCUAUGAAAAAAACCAAGCACGGCGUUUCAAACAAAAGCAAGUUGUUGUUGUAAGCACUUUACAUUUGAUUAUAUUCAGGGCAUUUGAAUGGGGUUUUCCACUUGAGUGGCAGCAGUUUGGACUCUAAUUUUACAAAUGGAUUGGCGCCCAUUGUACAGCUUAAGACAAAAAGCUCUGUUUCAACGCUGAUAAUCCAGCUUGGCACUUAGCAGACUGUAUAUAAAUCUCUAAUGCUGUCUUUCUCUGUAUAUAAUUUUUUUUUUCCCUGGCUUUUCUUUCUUUUUCUCAGUCAGAUUUCACCAUAUUAGAGCUCCGCAAAUCUACGUGGCAUCAAAACUGUACGACAGACAAUCAUUUUCUCUUUGUUUCUCAUCCAAAAAUUUCAUCAACCUUACUUGUUUCUCACAAAUUACAUGAAAGGCUUGUGCGAGCGGUUUCUCUUCCCCGCGGAUCUCACAGGGGGGAAACUCACACUCUGUGCACGGAGCACACGGGAGGCUAUAGGAUGAGAAGCUGAGCUUAGCUGGGACAGCUUUGAAGUGAGAUGCAGUAAGAGGUUAUUAUACCUUCAGCCCUUCUGAGAGAUGCCCAGAUGCCCAGCAAUAUAUUGCAUUUGGCACCAUGAUGACUGUCAAGUAUGCCUGUGCCGUUUUUUCUGUAUUUCUCUCAGCAUUUGAGUGGAGGAUCAAAUUCUUACCUCGAUAUCAGCAAGAGUCAAUUACAGCGUGAUCUAGUUUGCAUGGGACAGGAUACAGUUUCCAUUUAUAUCAUUUGCAUAUGUUAUGUGUCAUUUUACAUCCACAGCUUUCGAAUUCAAACAUGGUCACCAAUCAAAACUUAGCAGAACGCAGAUAUUCAUCAUGUCUCUCCCUAAAAAACAAAACAAAUAUGCACUCCUCUCCAAAGGGUCCAGUUUUACGUAUCUGAUGCAGCUCUCGCACUGAUCCAAACAUAAUGCAUUUUCCCAGUCCAGAGAAUCUGCACACUGCACAGCAAACAGAUAAAUAUUUGAUAGGCCAGCCUUCUGUCCCAUCCCCCCAUGGCAGCAGCUACAGUGGGCAUGAGAGUACCACAGGAUGUGAGUGCCAUGUCAGUCUUUGGGAAUCAAAGCCCAUGUGGGGAGAAAGUCUGCCCUCCUCACCUGUGGACGCCUCUCCGGCUGGUGCUGGCGGCGCCUGUUUGCCUGGCUACAAGCACCGCACAGAUGCCAGGGCAUAACAGAUGAAUAAACACAAAGACCCGGAACAAUUACAAGGGGUUGCUGCCCUUUCCUGAUAAAACAAAGCAACCCUUUUCAGAGAGGAGAGGAUGCGGGGUAGUCUAUUAUUCAGAGAUGCAUAAGACUAGCCUGUAGUACACUGGAUACACACAUUUCAAAAGGUGAGAGACAGAAGUUAUGAGCAGUGUGGAGUGAGUUCUUGUUGGUCAGUGUUUGUAAUGGCUUCUCUGCCCACUGGCUAUAUUAUAUUUGUUUACUGCACAAAACUUUUGGCUGGGUCUAAACAAACUGGGGAAAAACCUGGACAAAGAAAUGCUGAACGUCAGUACUGCCAAUAUCUCGCCUAUGCCUGCAAAGGGUGGUUUACAUGAGGCUAUUUGAAGUCUCGCUCAUUGUAUGAUAAGUGUUACUGUUCCUGAUAGAACUCAUUAGGGAGGAUGCCAUUUGACACAUUGAACUGAUCAUCAUUCUUUACUGUGUAAAUGCUCUCUAUCACUCUGUUUCUCUCGUUCUCUCUCACUUCUUUUCUUUUCUUCCAAUCAAUACCUUGUUAGUACUUUUAUAACAUGUGACUGUAAGGAAAAGGGCCUGGACUAAAUAGCAUUUGCAAAUAAUCCUCAGAGUUUGCAUUAGCCUGCAGGGCACGCCAGGAAUCAGUGUGGUUUGGUUUGCAGCACACAGUGUACGAUUAGUCACAGAAAAUUGAAAGAAUCACAGAAGAGCAUUUGAAAGUCAAAUGAGUACGCUUCUCUGUGAUUGGUUGAAUUGUUCUGUACUCCAAAUAACGCAAACUAGUUUGCAAAUACUACAUGACCCAGGUCUGGAAAAAAGUACUUAACUUUGAUGGUCAUUUGGAGAGUUUGUAUAAAUAGUGAACCAUAAGCAUAAUUGUAAUGAAAAGACAACAUGUAAAUUCUACUGGGUAAACCACUAUUUUCAGGCAGUGGCCCUCUGUA